AUGACAGCUCAUUUUGGGUGGAAUUUGAGACAACUCUAUGUUAAGAAUGCAUUUCUGCAUGGAGUAUUGCAGGAAGAAGUGUACAUGUCACAACCUUCAGGUUUCAGUGAUCCUCAACACUCUGACUAUGUUUGCAAACUACACAAGUCACUAUAUGGUUUAAAACAAGCCCCUAGAGCCUGGAAUGAUAGGUUUACAAGUUUUUUGCCAUCACUUGAUUUCAAAACAACUCAUGCAUAUCCAUCUUUAUUUGUGAAACAAUUUGGCUCUUCUGUUGUAUUAUUGCUUUUCUAUGUGGAUGACAUUAUCAUCACUGGUAAUGCUCUAAGUUUGAUCAAUGAUGUGAUUGUUGCCUUGACAAAGGAGUUUGAUAUAAAAGAUUUAGGUCCUCUGCAUUUCUUUUUGGGAAUUCAGGUUAUUUCACAGAAUGAUGGUUUGGUUAUAUCACAGGAAAAGUAUGUUAAAGACCUCAUCACAAAGACUGAAAUGCUUGAUUCCAAGCCUUGUUCAACCCUUUGUCUGCCAUAUAAUCGAUUAGUUCUUGAUGAUGGGAAACCUUAUAACAAUCCAGCUCUUUAUAGAAGUGUGGUUGGUGCUUUGCAGUAUCUAACAUUUACUAGGUCAGAUAUAGCAUUUGCUGUGCAUCAAGUAUGUCAGUUCAUGCAAACUUCCAUGGAAUCUCACUUUAGUGCAGUCAAUAGGAUACUCAGAUAUCUAAAAGGUACUGUCCGUUUAGGUAUUAGGUAUGUUCAAGGAGGAUUAGAAGUUAAUUCAGACACUGUGAGAGCAUUUUCUGAUGCUGAUUGGGCUGGAGACCCUAAUGACAGAAGAUCUACUACUGGUUUUGUGAUAUUUUUGGGUUCAAAUCCGACCUCCUGGUUCUCUAAGAAGCAACAAAUAGUAUCCAAGUCGUCAACUGAGGCUGAGUAUCGAGCACUUGCUGCUACUGCAGCUGAACUGGAUUGGAUUAAGCAAUUAUUAACCUUUGUGCAUCUUGAUAUCCCUAGUUCACCAUUUUUGUAUUGUGACAAUAUGUUAGCAAUUGCAUUAAUAUCAAAUCUAGUUCUACAUCAACGCACAAAGCAUAUUGAAGUUGACAUUCAUUUUGUUUGCGAACGAGUUGCAAAGAAGCAGUUGCAUGUUUAG